GCCAAUCUACGCCGACUUAUACGCCGACUUUCCCUGCUGUUUCCGUCUUACCGCCCUAAGGCCAUAUUUCUACACCUGGCCCCCGAAACAAGCACGUUUGUCAGAAACCCGGAUACCUAAAGCGCGGCCGACAGACUGCCAACAUGGUGGUUGCUACAAUCAAGUGCGUCGUCGUCGGCGACGGUGCGGUCGGCAAAACAUGCCUCCUAAUCAGCUACACGACCAACAAAUUCCCGUCGGAAUACGUUCCCACGGUGUUUGACAACUAUGCGGUCACCGUAAUGAUCGGUGACGAGCCAUAUACCUUAGGUCUUUUUGAUACUGCCGGUCAAGAGGAUUACGACCGACUCCGCCCCCUCUCGUACCCCCAGACCGACGUCUUCCUUGUCUGCUUCUCCGUUACAUCGCCAGCUUCGUUCGAGAACGUCCGGGAGAAGUGGUUCCCCGAGGUCCAUCAUCACUGCCCUGGAGUGCCAUGUCUGAUUGUGGGCACACAGGUGGAUUUGAGAGAAGAUGCAUCGGUCAAGGAAAAGCUGGCGAAGCAGCGGAUGUCACCGGUGAGGCGAGAAGACGGCGAACGCAUGGCAAAGGAGCUGGGUGCCGUGAAGUAUGUGGAAUGCUCUGCUUUGACACAGUACAAGCUGAAAGACGUGUUCGACGAGGCAAUCGUGGCAGCGCUUGAGCCCCCGGCGCAGAAAAGAGACAAGAGAGAUAGGAAGAGGGGAGUUUGCAUUGUUCUCUAGAGGCUGAGCAUGAAUGGUGCUUCGAUUCUAAAACCAACUUUUACAAGCCAGGCGUGAUUUUUGGGAUACCUGUGGAUUGCCGGCGCCAUGUGGGUAGC